AACCAUCUAUUAAUUCUCCACGCAAACAAGAGAACAACAACAAAACAACGAAAGAGAGAAAAAAAAAACAUGUCAUCUUCUUCUUCUUCGCUGACGCAGAGAAACCCAACUAUUUCGCAAGAACCAUCAGAGACUCCUCCUCCUCCUCCUCCUCCACAGCUAAGGAGACAACCUUCGAUAUCUCAACAUGCCAUGUCACAGACGCUGACGUCAGUCGCAAACUUAGCCAACCUUCUCCCGACAGGAACGCUACUGGCUUUCCAGUUCCUCAUCCCCGUCUUCACAUCAAACGGCUCGUGCGAGCACUCCACGCGCGUUCUAACCGCAGUGCUCUUGACGCUCCUCUCCAUCUCCUGCUUCCUCAGCUCGUUCACGGACAGCGUCAAGGCCGAAGACGGUCACGUGUACUACGGGUUUGCCACUCGUAAAGGUAUGUGGGUUUUCGACUACCCCGACCCGUCCGGUUCGGGUUUGCCCGACCUAAGUAAAUACAGGAUCCGGAUCGUCGACUGGAUACACGCAGUUUUGUCUGUGCUUGUGUUCGGUGCGGUGGCUUUGAGGGAGAAGAAUGCUGUGAGCUGUUUUUACCCGGCGCCUGAGCAAGGAACCAAGAAGGUUUUGGAUAUUGUUCCGAUGGGUGUUGGUGUUAUUUGCGGUUUGUUGUUCUUGGUUUUCCCGGCGAGAAGACACGGUAUCGGAUAUCCGGUCACCGGAAACGGAGGUCGCCGUUAGAUUCUUUUAAUUUCCAAGAAUGUAUAAACAAUUUCAUGUGCAAAGGUGGUUGACUUAUUCUUUUGUGUACGUAAUCAUUUCGUGUUUGUAUCUAUCUGUGUUCCUUCUCAUCUACUUCCUGUAAUUGAUUAUGAGUUUUGGUUUCAAAA